AUGAUUCCUUCCAUUCCUCGUCUUGAAGACUACGAUGUCUCUGAGAAUUAUGGCUUUCUUCCCUCAGAAUAUCCCCUCGAGGUACUUCCCGACACUUACUACAGACCAUGGGAGGCCAUCAUCAGAAACCUCCAAGGCCUGAUUCUGGGCAAGAGAUUGCGAGGAGUUGUCGACAGCCUUCCUGUCCUGUCAACCGAUUACCUUCGCUCAGAUGCCGAAUGGCGUCGUGCAUAUGUGAUACUUGGAUUCAUCUCACACGCUUAUAUCUGGAACGGAGACCGACCAAAGGAGCGUAUUCCUCCCAGCAUCUCAAUCCCCUUCAAAGCCGCUUGCAAGCAUCUAGAACUUCCCACUGUCGCCACAUACGCAGGAGUCGUGUUAUGGAACUACCGACCACUCUUCGACGAUGAGGGCAUCGACUCUCUAGAUAAUCUGUCUACCCUUAUGACGUUCACUGGCUCGCUGGACGAGUCGUGGUUCUACCUCGUUUCGGUGGCCAUUGAAGCUCGCGGCGCUCCUAUUAUCCCCUUAAUGCUGCACGCUAUGGAAGCUGCUCGUCGAGGUGACAAGUUACGAGUGACAGAGUGCUUGCGCUCAUUUGCUGAGCGCCUUGACGAGCUCGCUUCCAUGCUAGUCCGCAUGUACGAGAACUGCGACCCUUAUGUCUUUUACCAUCGCAUUCGCCCUUUCCUGGCUGGCAGCAAGAAUAUGCACGAAGCCGGUCUACCUAACGGUGUCAUUUUCGAUACGGGCAGUGAAGACGAUUCAUACGUUCAAUACAGUGGUGGCAGCAAUGCUCAAUCGUCGAUUAUCCAAUUCUUUGACCUGGUCCUCGGAGUCGAGCACCGUCCUACCGGCAGCAAACCCAGCGAUACACCCAUGGCAACAGUACAACAAGGACCUUCGGCAAACUUUAUUCACGACAUGCGCACAUACAUGCCUGGCCCACACGCUCGCUUCCUCGAGCACGUAGGCACAGUCGCCAACAUCCGCGCCUUCGUUACCACAAAUCGCCACGAUCGUGCCCUUGCUGGCGCUUUUGACGCCUGUCUAGCCAUGCUGAGAAAUUUCCGCGACAAGCAUAUUCAAAUGGUGUCUCGCUACAUCAUUGUCCCAUCUCGCGAAUCUCGCAACAGCAAUGCCCGCUCUCUCUCGCCUACACGCAGAAAGGACUCGGCAUCACCACAGCAACUCAACAUUGCAGCUGCAAGCUCUGACAGCAAGGACAAGAAGAAUCUUAGAGGUACUGGCGGCACAGCACUGAUUCCUUUCUUGAAGCAAUGCAGAGAUGAGACUGGCGAGCCUGCUAUUGAUGCUUGGGCUAGGCGAUUGUUGAACAAUGGUCCUGGUGCUGCUGAGCUAGGUGGUGCUAGGAUGGGAAAGCUUGGUGAGCAUGCUUCUGGCGAGACUGCCGUGCUUGGACUCGCUGGUGUGUGGAGUGUCGACGAUUCUGAUGGAGGUAUCUGCCAUUGGUAA